AUGCCGGCGGUGCCCGCCCCUCCUGCCCGCUUGCCGACUGCUUCCGAGGGAGCCCAGUGUCUUGUUAAAUAUGAAACUUUAGAAUAUUAUGUCAGAUUAAAGAUGGAGGUUCAGAAGGAGGCUGAUCAUCAGAAGAUAGGACAUUGCAAAGUAGAUAAAGACUGGUGCUCUCCAGUGCUGCUGCAUGGCAGUCCAAAGCAUGUGAGUUUAUUUUCAGAUAAUUGUGAUGAUGCAUUGGUAUCUCCCUUACCUUCAGCAGCCCUUACCAGUUCCUCUGAGCUCUUCAGUACUCACAGUCCCAGCUUUGCAAAACUCAACAAACGAGAUGGAGCUGGUGGGUGGUCUCCACUGGACUCAAACGAGCAGCAGUGGCUCCAGGUUGAUCUGGGAGACAGAGUGGAAAUCGUCGGGGUUGCUACCCAGGGCAGGUAUGGGAGCUCGGACUGGGUAACCAGCUACACACUGAUGUUCAGUGACACCGGCCGCAACUGGAGACAGUACAGACAAGAUGACACUGUCUGGGUUUUCACAGGGAACAGCAAUGCUGACAGUGUCGUUCAUCACAAAUUUCUGCACUCGGUGAAAGCCCGCUUCUUGCGCUUCGUCCCUCUCAAGUGGAAUCUCAGUGGGAGGAUAGGACUGAGAGUUGAGGUCUUCGGCUGCUCCUAUAAGUCAGAUAUUGCAGACUUCGAUGGCAGAAGUUCACUCCUCUACAGAUUCAAUCAGAAACUUAUGAGCACAUUCAAAGAUGUGGUUUCCUUGAAGUUCAAGAGCAUGCAGGGAGAUGGAGUCUUAUUCCACGGGGAAGGACAGCGUGGAGACUACAUUACUUUGGAACUGCAGAAAGGGAAGCUUUCCUUGCACAUCAAUCUGGGGGAUUCCAACCUACACUUCAGUAACAGCCACAUGUCUGUCACCCUUGGCAGCCUCCUGGAUGACCAGCACUGGCACUCAGUUCUCAUAGAGCGCUUCAACAAGCAAGUGAAUUUCACAGUAGACAAGCACACCCAGCAUUUCCGAACAAAGGGAGAUUCAGAUCACUUGGAUAUUGAUUAUGAGCUCAGUUUCGGAGGGAUUCCUGUCCCAGGAAAACCAGGAACCUUUCAGAGGAAAAACUUCCAUGGGUGCAUUGAAAACCUUUAUUACAACGGAGUCAAUGUAAUUGACCUGGCAAAAAGGCGCAAACCUCAGAUCUAUACCGUGGGAAACGUCACCUUUUCCUGCUCAGAACCACAAAUUGUUCCUAUCACCUUUGUUAGUGCCAGUCGAAGCUACUUGCUACUGCCUGGCACUCCUCAAAUUGAUGGUUUGUCAGUCAGCUUUCAAUUUCGAACUUGGAAUAAAGAUGGCUUACUUCUCUUCACUGAAUUGUCUGAAAAUUCAGGACCUCUCUUGGUUUACCUUCAUGGUGGGAGAUUGACACUACUUAUUCAGAAAGAGACGAAGAACCCAGUGGAAAUCAGUGAAGGCACCAAUCUCCAUGAUGGGCUUUGGCAUUCUGUUAACAUCAAUGCCAGAAGACACCGCAUUACCCUGACUCUAGAUAACAACGCUGCCACUGCCAGCCAUGCAACCACUGUCUCAAGGAUCUAUUCUGGGAGCAGCUACUAUUUUGGAGGGUGUCCUGACAAUUUCACUGAUUCCCAAUGUUUAAAUCCUGUUACUGCUUUUCAAGGCUGUAUGAGGCUCAUCUUUAUUGAUAACCAGCCCAAGGACCUCAUUUUAGUUCAGCAAGGCUCCCUGGGGAAUUUUAGUGAUUUACACAUUGAUCUGUGUGGCAUCAAAGACAGGUGUUUACCCAACUACUGUGAACAUGGAGGAAAAUGUUCCCAAUCCUGGACCACUUUUUAUUGUGAUUGCAAUGAUACAGGCUACAUGGGAGCCACUUGCCAUAACUCUAUCUAUGAACACUCUUGUGAGGCUUACCGACACCAAGGAAAGACAUCAGGUUUCUUCUACAUCGAUACUGAUGGAAGUGGACCACUUGGACCACUCCGUGUAUUUUGCAAUAUAACAGAAGAUAAGAUCUGGACUUCAGUGCAGCAUAACAACACAGGGCUGACCAGGGUCCAAGGAGCUGAUCCAGAGAAGCCAUACACCAUGUCCUUUAACUACAACAGCAGUGCAGAGCAACUCGAAGCCAUGAUAAGCAGUGCAGAGUACUGUGAACAGGAGGCAGCUUACCACUGCAGAAGAUCACGUCUCCUCAAUACCCCAAAUGGAAUGCCAUUUGCUUGGUGGGUUGGCCGUGCCAAUGAAAAGCAUCUUUACUGGGGAGGAUCUCUUCCAGGCAUUCAGCAGUGUGCAUGUGGACUUGAAGAAAGUUGUCUGGAUAUGAGAUAUUUUUGCAACUGUGACGCAGAUAGAGAGAAUGAUUGGACAAAUGAUACCGGCCUCCUUGCUUUCAAAGACCAUUUGCCUGUAACUCAGAUAGUGAUCACUGACACAAACAGAUCAAAUUCUGAGGCUGCUUGGAAAAUCGGCCCUUUGCGUUGCUAUGGAGACAGGCAGUUCUGGAACGCUGCUUCCUUCAACACCGAGGCCUCCAGCCUGCACUUCCCCACCUUCCACGCCGAGGUCAGCGCAGACAUCUCCUUCUUCUUCAAAACUACUGCUGUUUCUGGGGUGUUCUUGGAAAAUCUGGGGAUGAAAGACUUCAUACGAGUUGAAAUAAGCUCCCCCAAAGAGAUCACCUUCUCCAUAGAUGUUGGGAAUGGCCCCACAGAAGCCACUGUGGAGUCUCCCAGAGCACUGAAUGACAACCAGUGGCACUAUGUCCGAGCAGAGAGGAACCUCAAGCAAAUCUCUCUCCAGGUGGACAACCUCCCCAAGAAGGUCCUGGAGGCACCUGCUGAGGGACACUUCCGCUUGCAGCUCAACAGCCAGCUAUUUGUAGGUGGAACAGCUUCCAGACAAAAGGGCUUUUUGGGAUGCAUUCGAUCCCUGCAUUUAAAUGGACAGAAACUUGACCUUGAAGAGAGAGCUAAAAUGACACCUGGUGUUAAACCUGGAUGUCCAGGACAUUGCAGCAGUUAUGGUAAUCUGUGCCAUAAUGGAGGUAAAUGUGUGGAGAAGUAUAAUGGUUACUCCUGUGAUUGUACCAACUCAGCCUAUGAAGGACCUUACUGCAAAGAAGAGGUUUCUGCAUUAUUUGAAGCUGGCACUUCCAUAACCUAUAUUUUUCAAGAACCUUAUCCUGUCACAAAAAACGCAAGCACCUCAAGCUCUGCCAUUUAUGCGGAUGCUGUCAUGUCCAAGGAAAAUAUUGCAUUUGGCUUUGUCACAGCACAUACUCCAAGCCUUCUGCUGUACAUCAACACCUACUUUCAUGAAUAUUUGGCUGUGAUUCUCUCCAAGAAUGGAAGUUUACAGGUCCGAUACAGGCUGAGUAAGGAUGGACUUCUCAUUUUCACUAUUGACUCGGGAAAUUUUGCCAACCGAGAGCUGCACCAUGUGAAGAUCAACAGAGAAGGCAGAGAGCUCAUCAUUCAGGUUGAUCAAGUUCUCAAACUAAAACACAACUUUUCUGAGAUCGAUUUUAAGGCCAUCAAAUCACUCACCUUGGGUAAGGUCACAGAUAGUUUGUCACUGGACCCUGAAGUCUCAAAGGCAAAUGCCUAUGGUUUUACUGGCUGCCUGUCCUCUGUUCAGUACAACCACAUUGCUCCCCUGAAAGCUGCCUUACGCCAUCCCAGCAUUGCUCCUGUGACUGUCAAAGGCUCCUUGACUGAAUCCAGCUGUGCAUCCAUAAUGGAAGCUGAUGUGAACACAGUAACCUCGAUAUAUUCCUCAUCAGAUCCUUUUGGGAAGACAGAUGAAAGGGAGCCUCUCACCAAUGCAGUCAGAAGUGAUUCAGCUGUGAUUGGAGGUGUAAUAGCCGUUGUGAUAUUCAUAAUUUUUUGCAUUAUUGCCAUCAUGAGCAGAUUCCUCUAUCAGCACAAACAAGCACAUCGAAGUAGCCAGACAAAGGAGAAGGAAUAUCCAGAAGACCUCGAGAGCUCCUUUAAGGCUGACAUUGACUUGCAGAACACAGUGAGCGAAUGUAAACGGGAAUAUUUCAUCUGA